UAUCAUUCCAGAACUGAAACAGUCAAUUGCUUUUAAGAGACCAAAUUGUCACCAUGAGUGGGUGUCCCUUUUUAGCAAAUGGUAUUGGAUAUGCUUGGAACAAACUACACCUGGAAGACAACGAAGAAGACAAAUCACAGGCUGGAAUGAAUAAAGCCAGUAAAGGAGGACUUGUCUAUGGAAACUACCUACAUCUGGAAAAAGUUUUGGAUGCCCAAGAACUUCAGAGUGAAAAGAGAGGAAAUAAGAUCCAUGAUGAACAUCUUUUCAUUAUUACCCAUCAAGCAUAUGAACUGUGGUUUAAGCAAAUCCUGUGGGAAUUAGAUUCUGUCCGGGAGAUUUUUCAACAUGGCCAUGUAAGAGAUGAAAGGAAUAUGCUUAAGGUUGUUACAAGAAUACAUCGAAUUUCAGUGAUAUUGAAGCUACUUGUACAACAAUUUUCAAUUUUGGAAACUAUGACAGCAUUGGACUUCAAUGACUUCAGAGAAUACUUAUCUCCAGCAUCAGGUUUCCAGAGCUUACAGUUCCGCCUAUUAGAAAAUAAGAUUGGUGUUCUCCAGAGUUUGAGAGUUCCUUAUAACAGGAGACACUAUCGGGAUAACUUCAAGGGAGAGGACAAUGAAUUGUUGCUGAAGUCUGAACACGAGAAAACCCUCCUACAAUUGGUAGAGGCAUGGCUAGAAAGAACACCAGGAUUAGAAACCGAUGGAUUUAAUUUUUGGGGAAAAUUGGAAAAGAAUAUCAUAAAAGGCCUGGAAGAGGAAUUCAUAAUGAUUCAGGCUAAAGAAGAAUCAGAGGAAAAAGAUGAACAGCUGGCUGAAUUCCAAAAACAAAAAGAGGUACUGAUGUCAUUAUUUGAUGAGAAACGGCAUGAACAUCUUCUCAGGAAAGGUGAAAGACGGCUGUCAUACAAAGCUCUACAGGGAGCAUUGAUGAUAUAUUUUUAUAGGGAAGAGCCCAGAUUCCAGGUUCCCUUUCAACUACUAACUUCUCUUAUGGAUAUUGAUAGCCUCAUGACCAAAUGGAGAUAUAAUCACGUGUGUAUGGUGCACAGAAUGCUUGGAAGUAAGGCUGGUACUGGUGGAUCCUCAGGUUACCAGUAUUUGCGCUCAACAGUGAGUGACAGGUACAAAGUAUUUGUAGAUCUGUUCAACCUCUCAACAUACCUGGUACCAAGACACUGGAUACCCAAGAUGAACCCGAUUAUUCACAAAUUCCUUUACAUGGCUGAAUACUGUGACAGCUCUUACUUCAGCAGCGAUGAUUCAGAGGAUUAAGGUCAACUUUGAGGCGGUAGUCAUACCACAUUGUGUGAAUGCUCAGGAAUGUGCAAACAGUUCUCAUGUACAUAUAUAAGUAUUUAAGCACUUCAAUGUAUAUUCAAAGCCUUGUGAUUAGUUUCCUCAUCUGUAAAAUGAGGGCAUUGGACUACAUGAUUUAUCUCUAAGGUCCUUUCCAGCUCUAAACCAAAGUGAAUACACUGGGGAAAUAUUUAAGUUAACUUUGGUUUUGUGAUGAUUAAUGAAGAUGACUACUAAUUUAGAGCUACCAGACCUCAGAAAACAGCCAGGCCAUCAUCCUUAUCUUGAACAUUAGGACACUGAGGUCCUGAUCUGCUUGGGAUCGCACAACUAAGAGGUAGAGACAA